GCUCCAGCUGUCUGAUUUUAACCCAGCAGCUCCGCGCACACAGCGGGGCUACGCUAACACACGAGCCGGGAGGAGCAGCAGGGCAGCCGGAGGACCUCGCUUUGGGAGGAGACGCAGAGCCGCGGGGCGUUUCAGCGUUACUGCUGCGGCCGCUUGUUGAGCGCCGGCACGGGGAGGCGGCGGCGGAGUCUCUCCCAGACCCGGUCAGUCCGCCCGGGAACCGGGGGAACAAAAGGUGGGAGAGAGAGAGCGGAGUACUGUCCCUCAUCAGAGGGGGAAGUUAUGGUCCACACAGAGAUGAAGGCUUUGGAGCUCGUCCCAAGACCUUAAAUGCGAAUUGAUGAGCAGAGGGUGACAGGCUGGCGAAGGCGAAGGAAGAAGCGGAGCUGUGCGGCGUGGCUGUGGAGGAGAGCUGGGUGGAGAUGAUGUCUUUGUGGAUGAUUUUACCCGUCAGCCUCCCAGCCCUUACCAUCACAGGGAUAUGGGUCGUAUAUGCCAUGGCACUGUACAACCAGCAUGUCUGUCCUGUGGAUAACUGGAUGUAUAAUCAGUCGUGUGAGGAGGAUUUGCCUUUGCAGACGGGACCAACGUUAUGCUGUACUCUGGAUAAUGUGCCACUUAUCAGUAAGUGUGGCACGCUGCCCCCAGAGAGCUGCUUCUUCAGUCUUAUCUGCAGCACAGGAUCCUUCAUGGUAAUGGUGAUCGUGUUGCUGCGUUAUGCUCAUGUGAUCGAGAAGCACCAGAACUGUGUGUUAAACACAGCAAGCCUCUCCACUGGAUGGAUCUGUUCUGCUGGACUCAUCAUGGUGGGAAACUUCCAGGUGGAUAAUGCAAAGGUGCUGCACUACGUUGGGGCUGGUGUGGCUUUUCCCACGAGCAUGCUGUUUGUGUGUCUCCAGUCUGCACUCACCUACCGCUUGGCUAAGACUCAGGGCGAGUAUAACAUGGGACACAUGCGCCUCAUCAUGACUCUGCUGGCGUUUGUAGCCCUGGUGCUCAGUGGAGUGUUUUUUGUUCAGGAGAGUUUUGUCCUGCAGCACGCCUCGGCCAUCUUUGAGUGGGUUUUCUGCGUCAUCAUCAUGCUGUUUUAUGGCACAUUUGCCUUCGAGUUUGCCGGCAUAUCCAGUAACACCAUGAUGGUUCUAGCCAGAGGAAGCGGUAUGGGAAGCUCCAGCAGAGACCUCAAAAUGGAGGCCCUCGGUGGAGCUAAUCAGCACCAGCCUGAGAGCCUGUCCAUGCUUUAACCCUCAGGAGAGAGAGGCACAGGACAGGCCUGCACCUGCUUCUCUCUCUCUCUCUCUGUUUCUCUCUUUUGUUCUAGCUCUAUGCCUCCACAUUUCUCUCAGCAGAAACAUUCACUUACACAUUCACACACAUGUCCAACACGGGGUGCAGAGGAAAACACUACACCAGCAGAGGAAAAUCAAAACCGAAACUUGAUCCUGGAUCUGCUGCCUUGAUCUGAAUUUUGCCAAAGGACUCUGCUCAUGUUUUGCACAUUGACUUUGUUGAGUUGACCAAAUCGUUGUCCCUUCAGUAGUCAGUUCCUCAUCAGCGUCGGACUCUGAAGACCCGUUAGUGAAGAGGUUUAAGGGUGGGAAGCAGGAGUGUUAUCAAGAUUAGAUGGAUAUAUGGAGGUAGUGUGUGUUCAAAGAUUUGCAGGCUGGUCCUUUAUGCAGCUAAAUUGGUGACAGUCACCCAAACAUGCAUGUCUACAUCCAUAGCUGAGCUUUGAGAUGACCUGUGCCAAUUUUACACGUUUCAAAACAUUAAGAAGACCUAAAAUGUUUAACCAAUGCAAACCUAUGAACUUAAUAUUUGCCUUUUGUAUUCAUCCAGUGCUGUUUAAGCCACAUUGCCUACACCUCUGCUGUAUUGUUUCAAUGUUUGGCUUUGCCUCUAUUGAAGCAUUGCACCUUCACCUUCAGGGGGCUAUCGUUACCGUUGUGCCUUAUGAAACGGGGCCAAGAAAAACUGUUUAAACAACAUAAAGAUAAAUAAUGUUUAACUCUGUUUAUCAGACCACCAAGGGAACACAGUCGACUGUGUUCAGCUGUUCUGUUCAGUGUAUAUAUUUAAAGUGUACUUUUAUACUACAUAUAUCAUUAAAGAGCUGUCUUUUAGGCCAACGUGGUCGUUGUUACACUAAUGUAAAGCAAAGUCAGAUUUUUGCUUUAUUUUGACCUGUCGUUAAUGUCUUUAUGUAAAUGUGGUAAUGUACUCUCUCCUCUUUGUUGUAAAGGGUUGUAUUGUCAGAGGUUUGUUGGGAGAUGGUUGUCUUGUUUACAUCUUUAUAUCAGUCUGCUAAAAAAAAUGGGAUCUGCAUCAUAUCCACUUUUCUAACAAAAGGUCGGAUUCAGCUUGACUGACGCAUCAUCUUUAGUCUUGCAGGCUGCCUCAUUGGACCACUCCAUCAGUCGGUCUGGCUUCCCCGUCCCAUAGCGAAUAAUUUAUGCACACAGAUGCAGAAUCGAUAUUGAUAUUGCGUUUCGGCCAUUUUUUUGUUUUUUUAUGUGUGUAAACCUUAUUUUGUGCUUAAUUUCCCCUGCCCCAUCACAAAUGUAGCAUCGAUUUUGAUACUGAUAUUGAUUUUGAUACUGAUAUUGAUUUUUUUUUUUUUUUUUUUUUUGGUGAGUGUGUACACCUCAUUAUGUGCUUAAUUUUAUUUACCAACAGUUCUGUAUUUGGAUCUUUAGAAAUGCCUCCCAGAUCUGUUAAUAAGGGUGAUAAAAAAAAACUUAACAGGGAAUUUUACCAGAUUUACCAAAUUAGUUUCAAAAUUCUAAUUCAUAGUGAUGAAAAGCUGAUUCAGAAUGGUUUGAUGUGAUAUAGUUUAUAAUAGAAAAGCUUAUGAACCUCUAUAAACUGACAAGCUCACAGUCUCAACAACAAACAAAACAAAAUGGUAAACCUUUUUACUUACCAUCCUAAACCACCAGUGAAACUACUUUUCUUCUCGUGUUUUAUAUGCAAUAUCAGUUACGGUAAAAUAGUUGUAAAUCUAAAGGAUUUGUUUCCUUUUGGAACUAAUUUGCUGUACAACACCCACUGCCAGCAAAAUAUAUUUUAUGAAAAUAAAUAAAUAAAUGAACAUUAUCCAAGUUAAUGUAAGACCGUCUAAUAAAUUAGUCAUUGUAUUUGUAAAUGUUUUUUUGUAAUACCUUACAGUUGUUGUUUAGCAUUUAUAAAAAUUAAGCAUAUCAAAAUUGGGCUGCACAGUAUAUCGUUUUAGCAUAGCCAUCGCAAUAUGCCAAUGAGCAAUAAUCACAUCACACGAUGUGCUGUGUCCUGUAAGACAGCAUAAAUAUUGUUUGUGUACAUUUUUCAUUACAUAUCUACCAGAUGAAGAUUAUAUCUGCCCAGAAUAAUUUAUUAGAGUGCAUUAUUAAUGUAAUGAUUACAUCAUAGAUCGCAUUUUUCCAACAGCCAAACAGCUUUACACAAAUCUGGUAUCAGGGCAGAGAAAAAAAAAAUCAUUGAACAUUUAACACAGAAAACCUUCCAAGAAUCACAUGUACUACAAAAUGUAGGCUAAUCUAUUAUAUAUAAAACAAGGCUAAUAUAUAAGAGUGGGACCAGUCCUCUUCUGGUCCUCUUUUAUUUUAAAUGAAUGUUAAAGUCAUUAUACAUCUAUAAUGAGAAUAUUAUGUUGGAUUAGUCAUGUCUUAUUAUUAAAUUCUGGUCAAAUCUGGUAAAAAUUCCUGUAUUUGAAGAAAAAAAUAUUGGUUUGUUUUUUCCCCAAUAUUUCCACUGAUCAUCAACAGUUAGCACAUUUCUUUGAAAAAGACCCUUUAAUCUUAAUUUUAUCUUUAUGGAUAUUUUAAAAAAAGUGGUGUUUAUUCCACUUUAAAUCCAUUAAGGACCCUUUUGUAAAAGACUUUCAUUUUUAUAAAACUAGGACUUUUGUUUUUAACAACAAGCUUUGCAGCAGGACUGCAAGUUUGUUAAGCUAUACCUUCUCAAAUAGAUAGAUAGAUAUACUUUAUUAUGCUCUUACCUUUAUGCUGUUGGUUGAUUUAAGUGACCUUAAACAGAAAGUAAAGAAACCAGUUAUCAUAUUUGUUCUGUAGGUUUAUUCAUAGAGCGAAUUGGAUGCAUUUGGAUCAUUUUCUCCUCGUUGUCAAGAGUUAUGUGUGGAUCACUUAAGGCCAAGUCUAGAAUCAUACAUUGUUUAAUAUAUUCAUUUUUAUGUUUUGUUUUUGUCUUCAAAAUCUACAUGUUUGGAUCUCUAGUCAACUCCUCAGGAAAGUUUGUUACAGCACCAGCUUGGAGUCAUUGUUUUAAUAAUAAAUGAAAACUUUACCUAUGGUGCAACUUAACAUUUAAAGAGUAUUCCAGUUUUGAUUACCUGAUUUUUUUUUUUUUUUUUAAUGAGUGAAAGUGAAAUUGACAUGCUUGAAAAUGACACUAUAUGAGUAAAAGUAUUAGGACACCUGCUCUUAUUCAUUGUUUCUUAUCAAAUCAAGGGUAUUAAAACAGUUUAUUCUGCUUUUUUGGAAGGGGAAAGCUUUCUGCUAGAGUUUGGAGCAUUGCUGUGAGGAUUUGACUGCAUUCAGCAACAAGUAUUGUAACUCGCACUGUUGCAGAGAACACAGAUUUGCUGCUUUACAUCUCAGAGCUAAGGGUCUUUAUAGCCCUGAAGCCCACCGCUGGUAUUAGGCAUUCAUGCUUUAGUGAGUCUUGUUCUACUCACAGAACUUCUCUACAGGGACUAGAAUAGCUGUGUGUGUAUCAGCAACAGAUGCAUUCAUUAUAAGGGGUUUCUACAGACAUUUGGAUAUAUGGUGUAUAUUCAUUAUUUUUUACCAUUGGUUUAGAACUGCAUCUGAGUAACUGAAUAAAUCUUAUUUUCCUGUCUGAUUUUCUUGACUUGAUCUGACCUGUAGCUCAUUGCUAACCAAUAUACAAAUUCAGAGGAAAAGAUCCUACACACAAUCAAAAAAAGAAAGGAAGAGGAAUAGAAGAAAGGACAGGAAUAGAAGCUUUACUGAAUUAUUCAGAUGCAGCCCUAAGUAAUUAGUAAUUAGUAAAGGCUUGAUUUUCCAAUGGUUUAAAUAGAGUCUAAAUGGUCUUCAUGCUCCAUGUGUCAAUGUGUCAGUCACAGGUUUCGAGUUGCAUUCCUUUCACAGUCCUGAUUAGGAUUGAUCUGCUCAGCAAAGUGAGGUGAUUUGGAGCAUCACCUUUUACCUUGAUUUACCAAUGAUGGCUUUUGAGGACAUGGCUGGCUAUUGGUUAACUUGGUCCAGUCUCAGAGGUAUUGCUUAAACUCACACAAAAUCACAGAACAUUCCUAAUAGAUCAAGAGUCAUGACGCACGCAAAACACUCUCAAACCAACAACAAGUAAAAACGUAUAGCCAAGCGCAAACACAGAGCUGUACCAUCUCUCAGAAAAGCCUCUCCCGUAGUCAGGGUGGAAUAACUGAUGUGUUGGCUGGCAUAAAGCACCUUCCUGUGCCUUUAUUUUUUCAUUAAACCAAAGACUAAAAUGGUUCCUUGUAGAAAUCAGAAGAUGAGUUUGAUUGUAUUGUAUAUUUGCUUUAAGUUGGAAAGAAAUAAAGCAAAUUCAUAUAUGAUUA